GACGUGAUGACGUAGCUACAUUAAAGCUCCCUACAGAGCAGCAGCGGAGGAUGGAGCAGAGUUAAUGAAUGAGGAUAAACCGGCCGAUGGAGCAGCAGCAUCUUUUUUUUUUUUUUUUUUACAUCGUUUGAAUCCCGGUUUAACGGCUGUUUGACGUAACAUUUAAAAAAGGAAAACCGUAAAUUACAGAUUGUUUUGUAAGUUACUUCACAUCGUCUGAUCCUGCAGGAGGAUAAAAGCAGGAGGAUGAAGUGUGUUUCUAUCUUUUCUUCAAACUAAAACACAGACAUGAAGCUGCAGCCUGGCGGAAGAAGAUGUCUCCCAUCUUCAUCAUCACGAAGCGGCGGUGAACCCUCUCAUUUACAGCCGUUAAAAGGCUCUGUUGGACGGGUUUAAUGGCAGAGUGGACGGCGAGGAAGAGCCAGCGUUUGAAAAACGGAUUUAUGAGCAGAUGCUGAAUAUUAAGUUUUUUUUUGUCUCUACCGGAUGAGGAAAAGUACCAUCUACAGUUGGUCUUUUUGACUUUUGAACUUUGUGUGUGUGUGAAAGUUAAAACGGUUAAUUCCGUAUUAAACACCGCUUAUCCGAGGUUAGCAUCGUAACAGGAGUUUGAGUUAGCUGCUAACGGUUAGCUUCCCAACCGUUAGCACUCUCGUCUCUCAUCAUGCAUGCUCUGACACGUUUACUCGGGUGAAACCAACAACACCACCCCUCCUCUUCCUCCCUCCUCCUCCUAUUCUGCAAAAAAAAUGUACCCAAGGGCAUAACCACCUCAACAGCAUGUCGGACUGAGGACAGCACCUGGAUCAGAAAGCUGCAGAGCUAGCCUCCAGAGACCACCGAGAAGGAUCACUGUCGACUCACAACCAAAUCCUGCAAACAUGGGCUCGAUUAUCGUCUGACCGGAUGGACGGAGGUUGUAAGGAACGAUGAAGGGCUCAACAACUUCUUCCUCUGUCCCAUGUAGUGUGUCCUCAUGUUGUGUUUCAACCUGAAGUAACCAGGACGUGUAGUCCCUGGAACUACUUUUAUAGACCUGGAAGGUUCUCAGAGGAGACGAGGGGUGGAACAAAAUCUGGAUACGAGAGCAGCCCAUCUUCAGUACACGGGCCCACGUCUUCCAGAUCGACCCGUCUACCAAGAAGAACUGGGUUCCCACCAGUAAGCAUGCUGUCACGGUGUCAUACUUCUUCGACAGUACCAGGAAUGUAUACCGAAUCAUCAGUCUGGAUGGAUCCAAGGCCAUUAUCAACAGCACCAUCACCCCCAACAUGACGUUCACAAAGACGUCGCAGAAGUUUGGCCAGUGGGCCGACAGCCGCGCCAACACGGUGUACGGCCUCGGCUUCCCGUCAGAGAGCCACCUAGCCAAAUUUGCAGAUAAAUUUGUGGAGUUCAAGGAGGCGGCUCGGUUAGCGAAGGAGAAGUCUCAGGAGAAGAUGGAGCUCACCAGCACGCCAUCUCAGAGCGGCACGGUAAAAAGGAAUCUGUUGUCAGUCAUCAAACCGGUUUUAAAGAAGGAGUCGGCUCCCGGGGAUCUGCUGUCACCGAUGACCCCGGAGAGCAUCAACGGUACAGAAGAAGAGAGAGCCACGCCGGACGCACCUCCUCACAGCGAAGCCAGAGGGGAGCCUUCCCAGAAUGCAUUGCCCUUCUCCCACAGUUCGACCAGCAUGAAUAAGCACUGGGAGGCGGAGCUAGAGGCGCUGAAGGGGAACAACGCCAAGCUAACGGCGGCUCUGCUGGAGUCCACUGCUAACGUGAAGCAGUGGAAGCAGCAGCUGUCGGCCUAUCAGGAGGAGGCGGAGCGGCUUCACAAACGGGUGACGGAGCUGGAGUGCGUGAGCGGCACGACGACCGUGAUCAAAUCCCAAAAGAGCGAGCUGAACCACACGAUAGAGGAGCUGGAGCUCGCUCUGAAGGCCAAGGAGGAGGAGCUGGAGAGACUGAAAGAGGAGGUGGUGAGUGCCAACGAGUUCCAGUCUCAAAGAGACUCGCUCACACACAAACUGAAGGACUCGGAGUCGAGGAACCAGACGCUGGAGGGUCAGCUGGGCGAGCUGGAGCAGCGUCUGGAGAGCAGCCAGCAGGAGCAGGAAGCCUUCAGGACGAGUCUGCGCACGCUGCUGGAGCUGCUCGACGGCAAGAUCUUUGAGCUGACCGAGCUGAGGGACACGCUCGCCAAACUGCUGGAGGGCAGCUAGAGAAACACACACACACACACACACACACACACACACAGAGACAGACACACACACACACACACACAGAGACAGACACACACACACACACACACACACACACAGAGACAGACACACACACACACACACACACACA